AUGAUCAAUUCAACUUCUGGUGAGAAGGUAGAAAAUGUACAGUACUGCUUCGAAUUUGUCAAUGAUUCUUGUCCCAAAGCUAUUCGAUUCAUACCAACCUGUACUAUGCUUUACAUUUUUAUGGUUUUUAUCAAUAGUAUCACUGUGCUGGGAAACCAGAUGGUGACCAUUUCAAUCUCACACUUCAGACAACUCCACACACCCACCAACUGUCUUGUACUUUCCUUAGCCAUUGCUGAUUUCCUCGUUGGUUUGCUUGUCAUGCCAUACAGUAUGCUGAGAUUGAUUGAAACUUGCUAGUAUUUUGGAAACUUGUUUUGCAAAAUUCACUCCAGUUUAGAUAUGAUGAUGAGCACAGCAUCAAUAUUUCAUCUGUUUUGUAUUGCAAUUGAUUGCUACUAUGCAGUGUUUGACCCUUUGCUCUACACUACAAAAAUCACUCCUCCUGUAAUAACCACAUUUGUUGCAGUUAGUUGGGUAGUCCCUACAGUAUUUGCAUUUGGGGUGGUUUUCUCAGAGAUUAAUCUGGCUGGAAUUGAAAACUUGUUAGAAACUAGUUCUUGCAUUGGCAGCUGUGCUCUUCUGUUCAAUGAACUGAGUGUUAGCUCUGGUAAUAGAGUUUUUAUUCCGAGUAUCAUUAUGUUAGGUAUUUAUAUCAAACUAUUUUUGGUGGCAAGGAAACAUGCCAGGGCUAUUGAAGGUGUAACUGAAAAAAAUAACGCUUCUGAAGGGAAGACAAAUAGAAUUUCGAGAAAUAAAGAGCACAAACCUGCAAAAACUUUGGGUUUAGUCAUGGGCAUCUUCUUAAUUUACUGGGUGCCUUUCUUCAUAACUACCAUUAUUGAUCCCAUUAUCAAUUUUUCAACACCACCAAUUAUCUUUGAUACAUUUGUAUGGUUUGGUUAUUUCAAUUCUGCUUUUAACCCCAUACUCUAUGCUUUCUUUUAUCCCUGGUUCCAUAAAGCAUUGAAACUGAUUCUUUCCUGUAGGUUAUUUGACUCUGAUUCUUCCACAAUUAAUUUGUUUCCAAAAUAA